AUGUCGAUCCCCACCUCCACCUCCGUCGUUGAAUCCGCCGUCAUCGAGGCCCCGCUCAGCCAUGUGUGGCACCACAUCAAGCUCCAGAACUUCAGCGACUUCUGGUCCGCCCUGAAGUCCAGCCAGUUCGUCAAGGGCACUAGUGACGACACCGAUGUUGUGCAGUGGAUCUUCAAUGAUGGCAGUGAGGUCGAGGUGAAGCAGGAGGAACACAGCACCAUCAACCACUACAUCACCUACAGUGUUAUUACCGCCAAGCCCGAGCUCACCUACACCUCGGUCCUGUCCACCAUCCGCUGCUACGCCAUCACCUCGGGCGAGCUCGAGGGCAGCGCCUUUGUCGAGUGGACGGGCAACUUCUCCAGCGACGCCGAUGCGGGUGUCAUCCAGGAUGCCAAGUUCAAGCGCCGGGAUGCUCUAGCCGACUUGGCCAAGGCUGCGCUGAAGAAAUAG